AUGCAUGAAUCUUCAUUUUUCUCCUCAUUAUCACGUAAAGCGAUUAUUGAUCCUAAUUUGAUACUUCAAACUUACCAUAAAAAUUGCAUGUACAAAGCCACAGUCGAUUUAACAGAAAAAGCGUUCAAUGAAGUGUCCAUUCAAUGUCCAAAUUCGCUAGAUAAUAAUUAUAUUGACGAACAAACACAAGUAUCACGAUCGAAUGAAUCAAAAGAAUCUCAAACUAGUGAUGUUAACUCUCCUAUUUCGAUUCGAAAUCAGCAACAAUCUGAGACACAACAUGUAAAGGUGAAAUUGAAGAAAUAUGUGUUGAUUAAUCCAUACGCAAUGAUAGAUCGAGCAGAUCAAGGUGAACAAUUCCUUAAAUUUCUCUACGAGCAAAAUGCAGAACUUAUUACAGUUUACACCAGUUUUCUCAAACAUCUUCUCAGAUAUACUGAUCAAUUUCUCUUGUCUUUACAACAGAAACAUGGUUUGUAUGGUGUUUACCGACAGGAUAUGAUGCGAUAUGUGAUUAGUUUACAAGAGCAGAUUAGUGAACUUCGAGCGAAGGUUAAUAUUCUGCGAGAAGCAAACAAAACUCUUGCUUCAUUUCGAAAGCAUUUUUACAAAAUCACUCGAUCCAAAUGUGAGUUGGAAAAUGCAUUGAACAAAUAUCAGAAACGCUCUUCGGAUCACUCUCAGUCAGGGAAAUAUCAAGAGCAACUCUUAGAAGUAUAUCAACGAACAUCUAUUCAACUACGAACAGUAGAAGAACAGCGUUUGGUUGCCAUUCGUGAACAGAUUAGGUUUGCUAUGAAUCUGACAAUCACGUCUCUAGACCGUCAUAGUUUAUUUACUUCAAACAAUGUUGACGACUUACUCGACGGCUGGGAUAAUCAACACAAAAUAGCCAUCGAUCAUUGGUCACAUUUACCAGCUUACGCCAGUAUUUCUCAACAAUAUUCAUCCUUACUUCUACUCGAUGAGAUCAAACAAAUAGUUGAUAAAUAUUACAAUCAACAGCAGUUGAAUUCAAGUCAUCGAAAUACUCAAAUGAUAACUUUUCUAAAUGAAUCGACUUCGUAA